AUGGCUGGGGAAGACGGACUGCAGAUGAUGAAUCACUGCCUCACGAAGAGCGAGGUCGUCAGUGCUGCUGACAGCCAGGCCCUUUCCCAGAGAACCUGUGAGCAUCACGCUGCUCUAGCCGGACCUGGUGCCCCCGACAGGUCCCCUCGCUACACUGCUCAGCCCAUUCCCACGCAGCCCCUGCAAGAUCCUGCUCACAGAGGGCCGUGCGAGGAGCCUCCAGACUGCGGCUCUCCCCUCACGGCGCUGCAGAUGGAGCGGGUCGCCCUGGGCGCUGGCGGCCCCUGCCCCAUUGCUCUGGUCUGCUUCCCAUGCGAUGGCAACCCCAAGGAGAGCAGCCCCUUCAUCAACAGCACCGAUCUGGAGAAGGGCAAGGAGUACGACGGGAAGAACAUGGCCCUCUUCGAGGAAGAGAUGGACACCAGCCCCAUGGUCUCGUCCCUGCUGAGCGGCCUGGUGAACUACACCAACCUGCCGCAGGGCAGCCGGGAGCACGAGGAGGCGGAGAACAACGAUGGAGCCAAAAAGAAACCUGUGCAGGCUCCGCGGAUGGGCACUUUCAUGGGCGUUUACCUGCCCUGCCUGCAAAACAUCUUUGGGGUGAUCCUCUUCCUGCGCCUCACCUGGGUGGUGGGAAUUGCUGGCAUAAUGGAGUCGUUCUGCAUGGUCAUCCUUUGCUGCUCCUGCACGAUGCUGACGGCCAUUUCCAUGAGUGCCAUCGCUACGAACGGCGUCGUGCCAG